UGACGCCCCUCCCCUGCCUCUCCAGCAUCAGCACCUCCAAACCGAGCGAGGCGAACCCGCAGCUGGGAAAGGAUGCUCUCCGGUCCGCGAUGCUCACCGGCGCCAGGACGCAUAAUGAUGAGACUCGACAGACGGUCGCGCCGCUGGGUAUAGUCACCGUUUUGUGCACGUUUCUGCUGUCUCGCUGCCUUCAUUCAUGAUGCACCAUUCAUGCAUCCCCAAGAAUGGAAGCACACUGGGAGGAAAACAUUAAAUUAGUCCGCUUUAGCCCUGUUGUUUAGCCCCUUAUAUGCUACGAAAUCGCUCAUUUGAUGAAGCUUCCUUUCAUGUAGGUCAAGGUGAUGAAGAGCCCGGUUUUGUCUUUUGAGGGCGCCGCGCGAAUGUAGGGCUAAUACAGAAAAAGCCAAGCAAACAAAAGGCAUCCAGCACCCCUCCUCUGACGCACCUGGCUGCCCUGUCGCUACUUGACAUGACAGCGCAGAGCCGGGCGCAGAGCAGCAGGAUCAAGGGGCACCGACGUGCAGCCGGACGUGUGGACUCGACGAGGAGCGGAGUAUCCUCCGGACGCACGGCGGAGGAGCAGCAGCAGCAGCAGCCCAGGGGAGGCCGGAUUGCAGUUUCUGGGGACGAGCGCCAAGGGCAGUGCGGCAGUCAGCAGGCAGACCGGGGGAGGAGGCUGCAGAGAUCUGUGAUACUUCCCCCCAAGGCCCCACUUUCUCACCCUCACCGACUUAUUAUCUUGAAAAUAUGCGGGUGGAUGUUUUUAUGUUUCAUCAAUGGUGACUGUGACACUCCCCAUCAUUUUUUUCUUUCCUGUUUUCCUUUCCAACCAAUCAGAGAUGAUGGGCAAUUAAGGGAUUAGAUCUGCUCUUCAGGCAAGGGUGGAAUCUGGAGGGGACUGAUGUGCAUACUGGCCAGGAAUCAUUUGCUCCCUUCUUCUCUGGUUUUGCUCAUUUUGCUUGCUACCUGCACUAUGGGCUGUAUUCAGAGCAUCGCAUGUAAGCCCCGCAUCAGACGGGAGAACAUUGUGGUGUAUGAGGUAUCGGCCUCUAUUGACCAGUGUCCCACCAUCAUUGAGGAGAACUCACCAAUUGUGCUCCGCUACAAGACACCUUACUUCAGGGCCUCAGCAGGGGUUGUGAUGCCUCCAGUGCCCCGCAACGAGACCUGGGUGGUGGGCUGGAUCCAGGCCUGUACCCAGAUGGAGUUUUACAACACAUAUGGGGAUAUUGGCAUGUCCAGCUGGGAGCUACCAGAGCUGCGAGAGGGUCGGGUCAAAGCCAUCAGCGACUCAGAUGGUGUCAGCUACCCCUGGUAUGGCAACACCACCGAGACAGUCACCCUAACUGGGCCCACGUCCAAACCAUCCCGUCUGACAGUCAGCAUGAACGACAACUUCUACCCCAGCGUGACAUGGGCAGUGCCCAUCAGCAACAGCAACACACCCAUGCUGACCCACAUCACCCGGGACCAGAGCUUCAUCACCUGGCUGGUGGCCAUGAACUCUGUCACUAAGGAGCGGAUCGUGUUGCAGACGGUGCGAUGGCGGAUGCGGGUGGACAUCGCAGUGGAUCCUGACAUGCCUCUGGGCUCCCGGGCCUCGUUGGUGGGUCGACCCUACCAGGAGCAGCCGCACAUCCUCAACUACCAGGAGCCCAUCCCUCCCAAUGCAUUGGGGAGGCCAAAUGCUAACGACGCCCAAGUGCUUAUGUGGAGGCCAAGAAGAGGGGCACCACUUGUGGUCAUACCGCCAAAAUAAGAGACUUAAAGGGUUGCACAGACUCAAGUAUAAUCGUUCCUCUUGCAGAAAAAGAGGGUUAUGAGGGUGAAGAAGUCAUGAAACCGAUCAGGGCGGAGAGAGCUGAUGGUUUCCCUGAGCUUGAGAUGGCAGCAGCUCAUUAAUCCUGGAAGAUUUAAGAGGACCAUUAUAACAAGCCAGAGUGGAUAUUACAUCUCGGAUCUGGCACAAUACAGUGUCAACGCUGAGGUUUCAUCAAAGCUUGUUUGGCCCUCGACCAGUUUAGGACUGCUUUGAAGAGUUUUGCCUGCUUUUUAAUGAAGAAGGAACACUGUUUUUUAGACAUGCCACAGAGGUGUCGGACCCCAACAAGAACUGCAUCCUGCAUCCUUAUGUAGAUCUUAUUGCAUGAGCGAGUGAGAGAGACGUGACAAACUGUCCUUGAAAAGUUUAAGACUAGCAUUUGUUUUGUAUAACUUGAUACCUGAAGACAUUUUGAUUGAAAAAUCAGCCAAAAAACAAGAAAACUAAACCUCACAGGCUGGUUUAACCUCGUCAGUGCCAACAAAGGCCUUCCUCAGCACACUCAGUAAUUAUUAAAGGAUGUAUUCAGAACAUUUUAAAGAGACAGAGUAUUAUAUGAAUCUUUUUAGUUUAAGAAUAACUCAUGCAUCAGUCAGAUUGUAACAGGAGCACCCAACUUGCAUAAAAUUCUGAAAAGAUAAAACAAAUCUGCUCUAGUUUUCUCUGGAGUUUUGCUAUCACACCAAAUUUAUGCACUGACAUAUUUUCAAUUCACAUGCCUCCGUAGUGGUGUCGAUAUUGUAUUCAGAUGGGUUACAAAGUAUCAGAGGGAUGAGCUGGACGUGUUACCACAGUGAAUAAAUAAUGUCAGCUAUGCUUUAAA